ACGACGACAAGUUGACUCCUGAUCCCCAACUGUGGUGUAAUUGUACUUUACUUACCCCUUUCAUCUGUGUAUAUACCGUUUCUUUUACACUUAUUUCCUUUCUCUUCUGCACCUACCACACGACUCCGUUCUCGCCUCGCCCUCUCUGUCUCUUGAAUUCAAUAUUUCAAUUCACAGUUUCUUUCGAUUUCAAUUUCAUCUCAUCAUCGUCUCUUAAAUUUCCGAUUUGCUCGAACGAAAAUAGAAAUAAAUCUAUAUUCUCCGUUCUUAAUUUGCAUUGGUUUAGCAGCAACAAGGCGAGGAUUCUGUUAAGCUCUUAACCUCCUCACCGGGCGUGGUUUUCAGAUGUUGAUAAGAUCAAAUUCCUCCUCCUAUGAGCUUAUUGUUACUUCCUUCAUCGUUACUGCUUUUUGUUUGGCUUCGUUUUCACUCACUCGACAACAACUACAACUCGCUGAACCGGAUCGGUUCGAUGCUGGAAACGACACCGUUUCAAAUGUUUCGUCGGCGACUAAACCUAAGGACGGUACAUUUGCCGCUAUCAUCGAUCGUGCUUUGGAGAAGGAGUUCAAUGAGAAAGAACAAAACGAAGUAACUGAUGAUACUGGUAGUUUCAAUAACAGUGUAGCAGAACAACAGGUUGGUAGUACUCAUUCUUUUAAAAUCAUUUCAGCUCGUAGAACUUGCUAACUUAUUCUCUUUCAUAUGUGUCUGUCUAUCAGGCUGUUUUGGAAACCGUUGCCCAAGUUAAGACGAAGAAAAAUGAUAUGAAAGAC